AUGGGUAUCCAACGUGGAACAUCUGUUCAACCAGCGGCUUCAUCACAAAACUCUGAUCCUUUGACAGAAAGGUUUGGCCAACUCAAUGUCUUGGAUGACUUGAUUCGCCUUCGUGCUGCAGAUAUUGUUCAACUCCCAAUCCUCGCAUACCCAAGCUCAGAUAAGGAUGCUGCAUCGUAUAACUACUAUACUGGUCUGCAGCUCGAUGAGAUGAUAGACCAGACUGUUACUACGUUGAUGGAAGAUGGAUUUACCCCGCCCAAGAAAGAUGGAUCUAUAGUAGCGUUGCUGACGUUAUCAGAUCUAAGUAUGAUCAUCACUCUGUUCGCACUUAGUCGCCUUGGAUACAAAGUCAUGAUAUUAUCGCCACGUCUAUCAGGGGAUGCUUGUGUGUCGUUGCUGAAUACUGUCGGUUGCGACAACAUUAUAUAUGGAAAAACAGGAACUGAAAUCCGCAUAACGAUCGGUGAAAUCCUGAAGCGGAAGUUUGUCACCUGUCGCCCCGUCCCUGUACUUUCUGAUGCUACCUCCGAGACAUCUUUGUUGGUCUUGCACAGAAAGCGAAACUCCGAGGCGCAACGGGACAAAAUCGCCUUAAUCCUCCAUUCCUCCGGGUCCACGGGAGACCCAAAACCCAUGUUUCUUACACACCGUGCUAUCAUGACACAUCCAUUACGAGGGCCUGGGCUGACAUCUUUCAACUCUCUUCCCUGGUAUCACCUCCAUGGAAUUUCGACUGCCUUGCAAGCAAUGUGGAUGAGGAAAACUGCAUUCAUGUGGAACGCAGCUCUGCCGCUGACGGCUGAUGCGCUCGUUUCAGCUCUCGAAGAAGCCCGUCCUGAAUAUGUUGCCGCAGUCCCUUACAUGCUACAGCUGCUCGUGGACAGCCCUCGUGGUGUCGAGUUACUUCGGAGCUGUGAGGUGGUUGGUUAUGGCGGGGCGCCGUGCCCCGAUGAACUUGGCGAUGCUUUGGUGCGGGCAGGAAUUCCGUUUGGUGGUUCAUUUGGACUUACGGAAGCAGGGCUCGUCGCCGAAUCAUUAUCUCGACCGAAAGAUGACCCUUACUGGAAUUAUUUGAAAUUCUUUGAGAACCUGCUUCCUUAUAUCUGGAUGAAGCCCCUAGGGGGCUCGCUCUACGAGUGUGUCUAUCUGGCUGGACAUCCGGCACUGACAACAUCAAACUGCAAUGAACCGCCUGGAUCAUAUCAUUCUAAAGACAUUUUCACCCCUCAUUCCACGAUUCCCAACAGAUGGAAGUACGUAUCGCGACUUGAUGAUCGUCUGACUCUUAUCAAUGGAGAGAAAGUGCUCCCACUUCCAAUCGAAGGCUGUAUUAAACAGCACCCUUUCAUUCAUGAGGCAGUCGUAUUCGGACUGGGGAAAACCGCCCCAGGUUUGUUGAUUUUCCGAUCGCAGGAAGCGGACGAAAAUAUAUGCCUACCAGAUGAUCAGUAUCUUGAUGAGAUCAGGCCCAUCAUUGAAAUUGCCAAUUCUCGUGCGGAGCAUUUCUCCCGCAUCGCGAAAGACAUGGUUGCCGUUUUGCCAUUUACUUCGCCAUUUCCACGAACGGAUAAAGGGUCUAUGAUUCGUGCACAGGUUUACCUGCAGUAUAAUGAUCUGAUAGAGAGCGUUUACUCGAAUGCAGAAGGCCAACAAGGGGACAUGCGACUGACAUUGGAGGAAACCAUUGUGUUUUUAAUGGCGUUGUGCCAGACCGAGCUCGGUAUCAGCCUCUCUAGUGCUGAGGCAAACUUCUUCUCAGAGGGGGUUGAUAGCCUGAAAGCGAUUCACUUACGGCGUCUCAUUCUUCAGAAUUUCGAUCUACCCAAGGACAGCAUUGCUCAGAAUGUGGUCUAUGAACAGGGAAGUAUUGAUCGAUUAGCGGUGCAUGUUUGUGCUUUGCAAAAUGGCGAGGAUCUCACGGAAAGUUCUUCGCAGACUCUUUCAAUAGUGGACGAUAGUACCGAUUUUAUGUCGAAAAUGAUUGAGAAGUAUUCUUCAUUUCAACCACACACUCCCACUGAGUCUUUAUGCAGCAGCAGCAGCAGCAGCGUUAUUCUUACCGGAGCCACCGGAUCAAUUGGUGCCCACACAUUAUACGAGCUUCUGAACGAUGACUCCGUCUCCACGGUUUUCUGUCUUACCCGACGCAAAUCACCAUUGGAAGAUAUCCUCCAAAGCCUAGCAGAAAAAGAGCUUCACGUCACACCAGAACAGGCAUUAAAAAUCAUCGCCCUUAACAGCUCACUCGACCAACCGGAUUUUGGCCUUGAUGAAGACCUCAUGAAUCGCAUGCGCAGAUCCGUUACUCAAAUUCUGCACGUUGCCUGGCCCGUCAAUUUCAAUCUUCCCCUGUGCCAAUUUGAGCCCCACCUUCGCGGCCUGUACAAUCUCCUCCAGUUCUCACUUUCCGUCGAACAACCACAGCCAGCAGUACUCAUGUUCUUAUCCUCCAUUUCCACCGCACUCGGCGCGACGUCAACGAAUAUUCCCGAAGACUCAUUGGAUUUAGAACUGAACACUGCUUACAUGGGCUAUGGCCAGUCCAAGCUAACAGGAGAGCACAUUGUCAGUGCGGCCCACCGAUCCGGAGCGAGAGCUUAUUCGCUCCGAAUAGGCCAGGUGUCGGGACAUUCGAAGAAAGGUCUCUGGAACGACAGCGAAGCACUGCCGCUUAUGAUCCGGUCUGCUUUGAUCCUGAAAGCGUUGCCCAGUCUGAACGAAAGUUGUUCCUGGCUGCCAGUUGAUAAUCUCGCAGCAACGAUCCUGGAACUGACGAGAUCGAGGUCGGGUUCAGUUGGCGAAUUAUGCGAGAAGGAUUGUACGAUGCCUGCUGGGCAGACUGGUGAUGAUUCGAUCUACAAUGUGUGCAAUUCUCGUGAGUUCUCGUGGUCUGCACUGCUGGAGUCCUUGGGUCGGAGUUUCCAGUUCGAUGUUGUGCCUGUUGAGAAGUGGCUGCAGUUGCUUCGGGAGAGCGAGGCUCGUGGUGAGGAGCAUAUUAAUCCGGCUGUGAAACUGAUUGAGCAUUACGAGGCCAUGUAUGGUACUGGGUCUUCUGCUCUUCGCACUCUUGGACCGAAGAGGUUUGUGACGGAGAAGGCGGAGAGGGACAGUGUUACUUUGCAGAAUGGUCGUCUGAGGAUUAUUGAGGAUGGGAUUCUGAACUGUUAUAUCCGCGACUGGAUUUCUCGCUGGAUGAGAUCUUGA